AUGGAGAAAAACUUGAAGAAUGUCCUAGUGGUUUCAUGUGGAUUCUUCCUCCUCUUCACAGCCUACGGAGGCUUGCAGAAUCUGCAGAGCAGCCUCUACAGUGAGAAUGGAAUGGGGGUGGUGACACUCAGCACCAUCUACUGUACUAUGAUGGUGUCCUCGUUGCUCCUCCCACCUAUCCUCAUCAAGAGGUUUGGCUGCAAGUGGACUAUGGUGGGCUCCAUGUGCUGUUAUACGAUCUUCUCCCUGGCCAACUUCUAUGCCACCUGGUACACCCUGAUCCCAACCUCUGUCCUGCUGGGCCUGGGUGCGGGUCCUCUGUGGUCGGCUCAGUGUACCUACAUCACCAUCAUAGGAAAUUUGCAAGCACAGAAAAAGGGAAAGCUUCCCAAGGAUGUGGUGACCCAGUACUUUGGCAUCUUCUUCCUAAUAUUCCAAUCUUCUGGAGUAUGGGGCAACCUGAUUUCCUCACUGGUAUUCAGCCACACAACCACUAAAGCCACCAUCCCUGAAGAUCAGCUCCUGUUCUGUGGAGCCAAAGACUGUGGCUCUCUUGGUACAGAGGCCAGCAAUAGUACCCAUCACCCCUCGCAGCAACUGAUCUACACACUGCUGGGAAUCUUCAAUGGCAGCAGUUUCCUGGCCAUCCUACUGUUGUCUGUGUGUCUUGAGUCUGUGGAAAACAGACUGAUAAAUGAAGGAGAGGCGAGGCCCGUUUCACCAUCCAUCUGGUCCAUUAUACUGUCGACCUUCACGCUGUUUAAAGACAAGCGCUUGUGCCUCCUGAUACUCCUGCCACUGUACAGUGGGCUCAACCAAGGGUUCCUCUAUGGAGAGUACACAAAGUCUUAUACUACCUGUGCCCUGGGCAUCCACUUUGUGGGGUACGUAAUGAUCUGCUUCUCGGCCUUCACCUCAAUGUGCUCCAUGCUGUAUGGGAAGAUCUCCAAGUAUAUAGGCAGGGCCGUACUCUAUGGCAUGGGUGCUACCAUUCACCUAUCUUGCUUUACUACCCUCCUUCUGUGGCGACCGGCCCCAGCCCAGCUGCCUAUCUUCUUUAUCAUCCCUGCCCUGUGGGGAAUGUCAGAUGCUGUCUGGCAGACACAGAACAACGCUCUUUACGGUCUCCUGUUUGAGUGGAAAAAAGAAGCUGCUUUUGCAAACUACCGUCUUGGGGAAGCCAUGGGGUUCCUCGUCGCCUUUGGGUACAGCUCAUUUUUGUGUGUACGCACCAAGCUCUACAUUCUCUUCGGCAUGUUGAGCUUGACUGUAACAGCUUAUGGUACUGUUGAGUACAUGGAAUUCAGGGCCGCCAGAAAGGUCCCUGCUGUGAAAGAAGAGAAAAGCCAGCCAGAGAAAGAAGAAGUGAAAGCAGAAAUGUGA